AUGUUUGUUCGAAGCCGGUUCCAGUCGACAGCAUCACACUUUGCCCGUACCCGGUUCUGUUCAUCGAUCAACCUCUCUCCUCCGCUGCCCUGAUCUUGCACAUGCGCAGAAGCUCACAUGCAGCAGGCUCAAAUCGGCGGUGAAGUUCAGAAACUCUGCCAUCGGUCAGUAACAUGAGUGUCCUUAAUGACUUGUUCGUGCAAAUUGUACAGUCUGAGGAGAGGAUUCGGGAACGGUUUUCCAUACUGCGGAAGGGUUAGUAGCUGAGUCGAUACAACUGAGAAUAAAUUUCACCUCUACAUGUACACGAAACCUCUUAACAAAACAACCAAAUAAAAGGCGCGCAGUUCCCGCUCAACUCUGCAGUGAUUAUAAAUAAUGGCGUAAUCAUUAAACCCAUUGGGCCGAUUAUUGAACAAGUUUAGCCGUUGUUUAAAAAAUUACGUUCUAAGCCAUCUGCAGUUUAACUGCACCUUUCAUCUGAACAUUUGAAAUAUCAAGACUGAUUAGCUUUUGUUCUGAAUCUGAAUCUGAAUCUGUUCUGACAAUUGGUACCUCUACUCUUUAGAUCAUUUAUUCCCACCUUUUCCUCUUCAUUCACCAGCAUGUUUUGGUUUGUGUUAACCAAACUGAUGCUUCAAACCUUGGUAAUUCUUUUUCUUGACGUGUUAUUCCUUGCCUGCAAAGCUUUGUGUUUGGGAAAGCUUUGAUUUUGCUACCUCAAGAUGAAUAAACGCGUAGAUGUGAACAAGCAGUGGAAUUACUGAAGGACCCCACCAACUUGAACCUGUUGAACUUGAACCCCACUGAAAACUUGAACAAGAUUUGAUAUCCUUUCACCCCAUUUUUCAGUAAUUUACUAUCAUCUUACUCAAACUUCACAACUCUAACCAUUUUUCAGUUCUUUUGAGAGUGCUCUACUGUAGUGUGUAGGUAAAAUUUUGGAGCAGCAUCUCACCCAGUUUCCAGGAAUUUUACACUAUUUCUUGUCAAUUCAUGGAAAAUGUUGUAAAUCUUCUCUUUAAGUUUGAUUUAGUUACAUUUAAUGUAGACAAAGCUUGGCAGCUUUCUGGGGGUAUCUUUGGACUACAACUAGGGCUGAUUAUAGUAAAAGAACUUAAGACUAUAAUCAGGGCUGGUUAAAGUAAAAAAAAAAUUAACCAAGUUGCAAGAUACAAUUUUAAGAAUACUUAGUUUUUUCAUCAGGAUAUUGCACCCAUUCCUUUAAUUUUACUGUUAAAAAAAACAUUUACCAUUUACAGAUCCCAUCAACUCACUUGUCAGACUCUCUUGUUAUAUCCUGUUAGUAAAUGGUGAAAUCCAGGACUUCCAGCGAAAAUUUCAAGACCUUGCAGAAGAACUGAAAUCAUUGCAGGGCUUGGUUGUGCUUAAAAACCAGCAUUUGGCGGAGAAAGAGCUAGACCUUAGAUGGUUUGGUAUCCGAGGAGUUGUUUCAUCGGAAAAGAGACAAGAGCUAUCAGCAACAGCUGAACAUCUUUGCCAGAAAAAGGUUGUUUAUUAAGUACAAAACCCUAAAUAAAAUAUUUCUUUGUUAUGGCAGUAUCCUAAUGCAUCCAUCAAUUUGAAGCCUCAAUUUCCCCUCCCCCUCUUCCAGGCAACUCACAUCCAUAUCAAGGGCAUGGGGAAUUUGAACUUUGCCUGGCUGGGGUGGGGUAUCUGAUCCAGAAGUGUCAAGUCUUUGCAAUUAUAUUUCCUCACACAAAGUACCUCUUUUCCAAAUUUUAACUUUAGAAAUUAUUUUUGAUAAUUUACCAAUGGUUUGUUCUGCCAGUGGAUUUUUUUCAACUCUUCUUUUGGUUUUGCAGAGUGUGUCAUUGAUUGACCAUUUGGUAGGUCUGCCAGCCAGUGUUCUACCUUACUCCAAGCCUCUGGGCCCACACAAUAAUUUCUUUCUGUGACUUACCAAUAAAUGCCUAUGGGGCCUGUCCAUUGGCAGCUGUUGAAUCUGGUCCUAGUUUCAUGCAGUCUCAUUGUUUAUCCACCAAUCUUGUCCAUGUUAGUUUGGCUCAUGCUCUUUGCCUCCUCACCCUCAUCAGAUCUAGUAUAUGUAACUCAAAGUUAUAUAAACUUUGAACUCCUCCUUAGUCAGCACUAGGGUUUGUUUCUUGGUCCUUUCAGAUUUCUUUUAAAUGAAACUGUGAUUUAUUUUUCCACAGGAGGAAACAGAAAGAGCAAUUGGCAUUGAAAAGUGAGUACACUUUAGUUUGAUUACUAAGAGGUGCAAGAUUAUUAUUAAUUAUAUUAUUUCUACCUUAGAAAUAUGUAGAUGGAUAAAAUUGAAUGUCAUAUUCUGAUUGUACAGAUGGUCAAGUUAAACUAAACCCUAUUUUUCUCAGUGCGAGGUAGGAUAUCACAAAAAGUGUAUCAUAGAACAAGACUAACCAGUAUAAAGAGAGUGAGACAUGCUGGAGAGAUUCAAACAAAAAUAUUCUGUCAGAUAUGUUGUUAAUGGCCUGGUAUGCUGGUGAAUGUUUGAGCUGUCAAGGUGUGAUUAUGGCAUUGAUGGUACUUUACUGUGCAUAGUGUUACCCUGACUGAAAUUCGGGACAUAUCUUGUCCCCCACUACAGAGCACAUCUGGAUUACUACCACCUUAAACUUUGAGUAUCUCUGAGAAACCCUAUAUCACAAAAAAGGAAUGAGGGGAGUAGCAAUUUACUGACAAUAAUGCCGUUCACCCAACAUGGUUACUAGUUGUCGACAUUUUACCUUUUUGUUUUGUUUUUCUGUGGAAUAUAAGUAUCAUUUUGUUCAAGUUUGAUGACACUAAGAGUAUUUAGAGAAAAUUUUGUAAGGUUUCUGCGAAAAAAAGGCCUUCUCCAGCUAGCUAGAAAGAUCAAAGAUGAAAACUUGGAAUGAAUAAAAUUUUUUUUUCUGUUACUUGCCCACAUAGGAAAAACUUUGCAAGAGAUGUCACCCAGUUCAUUUGCCUACUUGAGUCUGAUGAUAGAGCAAAGGGAAACCAAUUUUUAGAAGCCACUAUGCAGAUGGAGGAAUUCAACUGCAAAGAACAGAGAUUCCAUCAAGGUUCAUGAGAUUUAAAAGAGGGUUUUAAAUUCUUGGAUGUGUCAAGAUGCGGAGGGAUAUUGCUUUGGAAAAGUUGUUAGCCCUCUAAAACACCUUUUAAUAAUAUAAUAAUAUAAUCUAACAAUUAAAGGCAAAUAUUUAUUGGCGUACUAUGUGGUGCACUCUGUCUUCCGUGGCACUGUAGUCAUGGGUUCCCUUAAAUAGAGACACCACCCUUUGAGUUAUUGGGC